GCCGCGCGCUCCCGGAGCGCGCCUCCAACACCUGUUCCUGCUCCCGCGCUCGCGCCCCGCGAAGCCGCCCGGGCGCGCGCGCGCAGACCCCCUUCCUGGCAGCCCCCGCCGCCCGCUUACCCGGCGCCGCUCAUUGGCCACCGCCCCCGCAGGGCCCGCCCCGCGCUCGGGCUUCGCAGCUCGGGGACCGAUGAGCGCGCCAGCACCGGGGCGAGGUGACAGGGAGGGUCGGGGGACCAGUCUCCCCCUUUCCACCGUUCCAAAGACCUGACUCCUAGACUAGGCUACCCCGUGGGAGCGAACCGUAUGGAAAGCUGGCUCCAGUGCCCAGACCCAAGCCCCCCACUGCUCAAUGGACACCCCCAGCCCAGACCCGUUGCCUUCGCCUUUGCCCGGGGAGGAAGAGAAACCUCUGGCCUUACCUCCUCCUGUUCCCCGGGGCCGCCGAGGCCGUCGUCCUGGGGGAGCCACCUCCUCAAAUCGGACACUCAAGGCCUCCUCCCUCCCUCGCAAGCGGGGCCGCCCCCCCAAGUCAGGGCAGGAGCCCCCACUGGUGCAGGUGCAGGGCGUGACAGCCCCAGUAGGCGGCAGUGGCGGGAGCGACCUCCUCCUGAUCGAUGAUCAGGGUGUGCCCUAUACAGUCUCUGAAGGGUCAGCGGCUGGGCCUCAGGGCUCUGGCCCCAGGAAGGCCCCACACUUCUGCCCAGUGUGCCUGCGGGCCUUCCCCUACCUCUCCGACCUGGAGCGCCACAGCAUCUCGCACUCAGAGCUGAAGCCACACCAGUGCAAGGUUUGCGGCAAGACCUUCAAGCGCUCCAGCCACCUGCGGCGGCACUGCAACAUCCAUGCCGGCCUGCGGCCCUUCCGCUGCCCGCUGUGCCCCCGCCGCUUCCGUGAGGCGGGCGAGCUGGCGCACCACCACCGCGUGCACUCGGGAGAGCGCCCGUACCAGUGCCCCAUCUGCCGGCUGCGCUUUACAGAGGCCAACACGCUCCGGCGUCAUGCCAAGCGCAAGCACCCGGAGGCCAUGGGGGUACCCCUAUGUGCACCAGAUGAUCCAGGGUCUGAACCGCCGUGGGACGAGGAGGGCAUCCCGGCCACAGCAGGGGCCGAGGAGGAGGAGGAGACAGAGGGGAAGGGGGAGCCGGCCUGACCCACAUCCCCGGCCAUCGCUCCCUGGGCCAGGUUUAGAGCAGGGAGUUUGGCUGGUGCUGGGCCUGGGCCAGGGGGCCGGGACACCCUUGUUUCUGGUGGUCUUCCCGUUGUGGGAGCAGGUGGAGGGUGGAGACCUAAACUUCUGGGUCCAGCUGCCUUCAGUCCCCCUCGCCCAGACUAACAGAUCCUUGGAGGCAGGGGUUGUGGAAAUAAAUCUCUGCCUGCUGGCU